CUCCCGCCUCUGGCUCCUCCUCUUCUUCCCUCCUCCUCAGGGGGAGGGGAGGAGGGAGGCUCUGGGGCAGGAGUAGCCGGAGCGGGGAAUUGUUUGGGAGCUCAGUCAUCCAAAAGCCAUCUCCCGUAUGGAGGGUCUGGCUUCCAGCAUCCCGGCGCCUCUUCCCUCCUCCUCCUCCCGCCGCGCCUGAGCUCAGGGCGGCCCCCCAUCCCCAGCGGCAACCCGCAGAGCAAACACAACCACCACCCCAAACCAACGUCCCCCCCCCUUUCCUCUACCCCAAAACCAGGCUUUCCCCCUCUCUUUUCCUCUCUUUUAUUAUUUUUUUCUCUGUGUGUGUGUGUGUGCUGAAUUCCCCGCAGAUCCGGCCUGGAAGUUCCCAGCUCCUGGAGUUAAGCCUCUUUGUUGCUUCCCUUCGUUUGGGGCAUCUUUGUGUUUUCCCCAGCCUGCUCCGUUGGAGACCGCGGAAUCUGCUGCCGCACAUCCACAGCAUCUCCCGAGGCAGCUUAUGGGACCCUUCCCUGGGAACCCCAGGACGCACUGCAUGGGAUAGCAAUGACACGUGGAAAGAAGAGACCCAUGUCCCCCAUCCCUUGCCUCAUCCUUGCAGCUGCUAGCUGCUUUGCCGGACUGAGUGAAUCUCUGCAGGUCACAGUGCAACCUGCCUCCAUAGUCCAAAAGCUUGGGGGUCCAGUCAGCCUGGGGUGUGUGGUGGACCCCCCCAGAGUAAACCUUACCUGGAGACUGAAUGGGAAGGAGCUGGCUGGAUCAGACAAAGUGCUGGGUAUCCACAUUGAGCGAGGGAAGCUUGUCAUCACAGCUCUCAACAACCACACCGUGGGGCGAUACCAGUGCAUUGCUCGUGUGCCUGAAGGAGUCAUUGCCAGUGUCCCUGCAGUGGUCACGUUAGCUAAUCUCAAAGAUUUCAAGUUUGAUGGCCAGCACGUGAUCGAGGUGGAUGAAGGGAACACAGCUGUGAUCGCCUGCGACCUGCCUGAAAGUCACCCCAAGGCUCAGGUCCGCUAUAGUGUGAAGCAGGAGUGGCUCGAGGCCUCCCGAGACAAUUACCUUAUCAUGCCAUCUGGGAACCUUCAGAUCGUCAAUGCCAGCCAGGAGGAUGAGGGGACUUACAAAUGUGCUGCCUAUAACCCCGUGACGCAGGAGGUGAAAACCUCUGUCUCCAGUGAGAGGCUCCGUGUGAGACGCUCCACAGCGGAGGCAGCCCGGAUAAUCUACCCCCCUGAAGCUCAGACCAUCAUUGUCACCAAGGGCCAGAGCCUCAUUCUGGAGUGUGUAGCCAGUGGGAUCCCCCCACCGCGGGUCACCUGGGCCAAAGAUGGCUCCAGCGUCUCCGCGUACAACAAGACACGCUUCCUGCUCAGCAACCUCCUGAUCGACCCCACAAGCGAGGAGGACUCGGGCACCUACAGCUGCAUGGCUGACAAUGGGGUUGGGGAGACCGGAGCUGCAUUCAUCUUCUACAACGUGCAGGUGUUCGAACCCCCGGAGGUCACCAUGGAGCUGUCCCAGCAGAUCAUCCCCUGGGGCCAGAGCGCCAAGUUCACGUGCGAGGUGCGAGGGAACCCACAGCCCUCGGUCGUGUGGCUGCGCAACGCCGUGCCCCUGUUGGGCGGCCCGCGGCUCCGGCUGUCGCGCCGGGCGCUGCGCCUGGUCAGCGUGGGGCCUGAGGACGACGGCAUAUACCAGUGCAUGGCGGAGAACGAGGUUGGCAGCGCGCAGGCCAUGGUGCAGCUGAGGACAGCCCAUCCAGGAGCUACACUCAACCCUGGGCAAGAUGCUCAGCUGGGUUCAGCUCAGCCCCCAACACCACCUUCCAGGGACAGUGCCUUAAAGCUGCCCCUGGAUAAAGCUGAACUGCCAAAGACUGGGACAACCCUGCUGACAGCAUCUCCACAGUGUGCAGCCAACAGGGAGAUGGUGUCUCCAGCUGAGGCCCCCAUCAUCCUCAGUUCCCCACGGACAUCCAAGACAGACAGCUAUGAUCUGGUGUGGAGACCCCGGCCUGACAGCAGAGCCCCCAUCCUCUAUUAUGUGGUGAAGCAUCGCAAGCAGGUUGCCAAUGCCUCAGACAGCUGGGCAGUGAAGGACGUCCCAGCCUCACAGCACCGCCUGACCCUCACCAGGCUGGACCCUGGCAGUCUCUACGAGGUGGAGAUGGCCGCUCACAACUGCGCCGGCGAGGGACAGACGGCCAUGGUGACCUUCCGGACUGGCCGGCGCCCAAAACCAGAGAUUGUUGCUAGCAAAGAGCAGCAAAUCCAGAGGGAUGACCCAGGCACAAGCACUCAGAGCAGUAACCAGUCUGACAACAGCCGUCUGUCCCCUCCAGAGGCACCAGACCGUCCAACCAUCUCCAUGGCAUCAGAGACAUCCGUGUAUGUGACGUGGAUCCCCCGUGGGAAUGGUGGGUUUCCCAUCCAGUCUUUCCGCGUGGAAUAUAAGAAACUGAAGAAGUUGGGAGACUGGGUCCUGGCCACCAGUGACAUUCCUCCUUCUCGCCUCUCUGUGGAAAUCCCAGGCUUGGAGAAAGGCAUAUCCUAUAAGUUCCGUGUCCGGGCACUGAACAUCCUGGGAGAGAGUGAGCCCAGUGCGGCAUCUCGGCCGUAUGUGGUAUCUGGGUACAGCAACCGAGUCUAUGAGCGCCCUGUGGCCGGGCCAUACAUCACUUUCACAGAUGCCAUCAAUGAGACCACCAUCAUGCUGAAGUGGAUGUAUAUCCCAGCCAGCAAUAACAACACUCCCAUCCAUGGUUUUUACAUCUACUAUCGCCCUACUGACAGUGACAAUGACAGUGACUACAAGAAGGAUGUAGUAGAAGGAGAUCGGUACUGGCACUCCAUCAGCCACCUGCAGCCGGAGACCUCAUAUGACAUUAAGAUGCAAUGCUUCAACGAGGGUGGUGAAAGCGAGUUCAGCAACGUGAUGAUCUGUGAAACCAAAGCUCGGAAGUCUCUUGGUCUGCCAGGUCGUCUUCCACCCUCCACAGUGGCCCCCCAGCAGCAUCCCCCACUCAGUGGUGGGCACAAUGGCCUGGGGGCAGGAGCCAUGGUGGCCCGUUCCAGUGACUUGCCAUACUUGAUCGUAGGUGUUGUGCUGGGCUCUAUCGUACUCCUCAUCGUGGCUUUCAUCCCCUUUUGCCUUUGGAGAGCCUGGUCCAAGCAGAAGCACACCAUUGACAUGGGCUUCCCAGGAGCUGGGCUGCUGGUCUCGUCCUGCCAGUACACUAUGGUGCCUCUGAGGGGCAUCUCUGCUCCUCGUGCCAGUGGACAUCCUUAUGUUAACGGGCAGCCCUACGUCAACGGGGCACAUCUGAAUGGCAUCUGUCCCUCUGCAGGAGUGGGGUAUGCAAGCACCAAGCCCCAAGAGUACAGUCCAGAUGAAGUGCCACAGUCACACGAGGAGACCAACACUUUGCUGCAGGCGAGAGUGCUCCAAAAUGGGAAUGUCCAGCAAGACUACCAGCCCUCCAGAUUGCCCAACCCAAGAACAGAAGACAGCUCAUUCCUUUACAGUCUCCCAGAUGACUCCACUCACCAGCUUCUUCAGCCGCAAGAUGACUGUCCUCACCUUCAAGAGCACUUUGUUGGUCUCCAUCAUCCAGUGAUGGGCAGCAAAGUGGGAGGCCCCAGCCUGGAUGCUCGGCGGGAUCCCCUGUUCCACCAAGGAAGUCCUUGCUGCCUCGGCCUAGUGCCAGUUGAAGAGGUAGAAAGACUGGAUUGCUGCCAGCCCGGAGGAGAUCUCCAUCCCCAGAAUCCAGUGAUCUCAUCUUUGGGUCAGGACCUACCAAGACACCUGAACAGCAGCCCACCACCACUGAGGCCUUUAGAGACUCAUUCUGCUGCCAGCUAGGGACCAAGCUGCCUUUUGCAAAAGAUUUAUUAUAAAGAGAAAAAGAGAAUGGGUAUUUAUUUUUGUAUAACGCCCCUAUUUAUAUAUUUAUGCACUUGUAUAUAGAUGUAUAUGUGCCUUUUUAUAAUGCCAUGGAGACAGAAGGCAUCCUCAGCAAGGUCACAGGAGGGCCCAAAAAAUACAGCAGUAGCUCUCCUUGGCACUGGGCUGUUCAUCAGAGCUCAGGAUGGAAACCGCAGCACAAGAAACGUCGCGGGACAUAGGUGCAAACAGAGCUGCCACCACCAACAUCUAGCACCCUCUUGGAAUGAGGGCUUCAUGAAAGAUAAUCCUGUCAAAGAGGUCUGUCCUCUCCCCCACAGGAAGGUUUGUCCCAGUAACCCACUCCUGUGAAUGGACUGGAGUUAUGCUCUCUGCCUGCUCAUCUUAGACAACCCUUCACAUACACUCCAUCUGCAGACGCGUAUCUGUAAAGACAAACCCACGCUUUAACAUCUAAAAUAAAGGCUUUAGUCUUUUCUGUG